GAAAUGUGGAGUGUAGUGAUUUUGAAACUCAGAGAGGCUGCAGGUUCUGAUCUCCGAGCUGAUCACUCUGGUUUAUCGGGUGAAAUUUCUGUAUUAUGGCUUCCUCGCAGGAGAAGGGCUUCGGCAGGGCGCUGUGUAUCAUCACCGGGGCCUCUAAGGGCUUCGGCUGGAGUCUGGCUCGGGAAAUAGCGCCGCUGCUGAAGCCGGGCUCCGUGCUGCUGCUGGCGGCCAGAUCCGGCGAUAAGCUCCAGACCCUGCAGGCGGACCUGGCCGCGUCUGAGGCGGGCAGCGCCGGCUUGCAGGUCCGCUGUGUAGUGGCAGACCUGGGGCAGAAGGAGGGAGUGGAGAGCGUUAUAGCUGAGGCCAAAGAGACGCGCUGCGAGGAUAUCGACCAUCUCCUUCUCUUCAACAACGCAGCUUCACUUGGUGACAUCUCUCGUUACGCACAAAGUUUCACCGACAUGAGCGAAAUGGACUCCUACUUGUCUUUCAACGUCAGCUCAGCCUUGAGCUUGACUUCAGGCAUUCUUACUGCAUUUCCACAGCGCUCUGGCCUUCAGCGCUGUGUGGUGAACGUGAGUUCACUAUGUGCCGUGAAACCCUUUCGUUCGUGGGUGAUGUACUGUACCGGAAAAGCUGCACGAGACAUGAUGUUCCGUGUACUGGCUGAGGAAGAGCCGGAGCUCAGGGUGCUCAACUAUGCACCAGGCCCUCUAGAUACAGAUAUGCAGCUCCAGGCCAGGUCCACCUCAGCAGACGAAAACAUGAGGAAGUCUUUUGCAGACAUGCAUGCAGAGGGCCGCCUACUCACCUGUGAGGAGUCUGUUGCCAAGCUGUUGAAGGUCUUACUGGAAGACGACUACCCCUCUGGAACUCACCUGGACUUUUAUGAUAUGUAGGUGUGUUGGUGAAAGACAAACUACAAUGUUGACUAGAGAUUCCCUGAUACCAGUGGCAGUGCUGGCCUCAGUAUUCCAAAAUUAAAGUACUUAUUAUUGAAAGAACAUGGGUGUCAGUGACAAGGAUAUAGCUAUUCAUAUUUUACCAGUAGGUUAACCCUAACCGUGUUUACAAAAGCUGUUUAUAUGCCUGACAGCAUAGUCUGAUUCUGUAAUUGAACACAAAUUAAGACAUUCCAGCCAUUUAAGAUGAUUAGUAACGAUUUAACACCUACCACUUUAUAUUUUAUACAAAUAUUUUCUGUUUUGGACAAAGAAUUAUCAUAAUAGUAGGGCUAGACAAUAUAUUGUCACUAUCAAUAAAUUGAAAACCAUUUAAUACAAUAUAUUCCAAUUUAUUUUCAGAAUAUCAUGCCAAUAUAGCACCAUCUGAAUGCACUUUAUUUCUGAAAAUGAUUGUGCAUGGAUGGUGGAAAUGGUUAGGUUUUGGAAAUACACUCAAUAGAGUACAGUCUUGCCCAAAUUAUGCUGUAGAAACAUUGCAAUUAAAUAAUAAUUUAAUUAAUUAAAAAAAAUGUAAUUAAAUAAAUAAUUUAAAUAAUGAUAAAGUGCAAUUUACUAAAUACUUACUUGGGUACACAGGUAUAUAUUUACUAUUUAAAUAUGCCAUAUGUUUAAUUUAUGGUGUUACAAAUUAGUACUGAUACUUUAACAUUAUAUUAUAUUACAUGCUACAAAAAAAUGUGCAAUAUAAGUACUAGUUUAAAUAGUCAAAUAGACUAAUACAGACUCAUAUUAGCCUGAAUCAGACCACGUUUUAAAGAGAAAAGCUCAGCUGAACUAAAACUUAUUCCAAACAACUUUAUAUAAGUGAUUCACUGUCUAAUCAGAAAAUGUCCCUAGCUAGUGUGGAUAUAUUUGAGUCAGAGAGACAGUUUAACUUCAGUACUGUCAAAUAAAAAGUCCUAUUUGAUACCCAGAUAUGCAAAAUAUUUAACAGCUAGAUCAAACAAUAAAAUAUCUCUGAAUUAAAGAGAUUUUAAACUUGAAAAUCAAUCCAAUCACAGUCUUUUUAUUACCUGUUUAAAUAUUCAUUCAUUUGACAUAUCAGGGCAGUGUGAUGUUCAGACACCCAUGGGAUAUUUCUGUCCUUAACCCUGAUGCCAGGACAGAAGAAAAUCUAUAUGCUUGUCUUUCAUAUAUAUUUUGAGGAAAUUCUGGGGCAAUCCAAUCUGUACUGAAAGCUUUAAGAUCUCUGGGGCUCUUUAGUAUUGACUAUUGCCAGGUCGUUAGGGGCUGGCUUGUUUUAGCUUUGCCUGGCAGUAUUUUGGUGAGUACUUAAAACUUGAACAGAUAGUAUCAGUGCAUCUCUAGCUUUGACCAAAUCCAGUAGUUGUUACAUUCCAAAUUAUACUUGUGAUUAACAUAAUUAAUCUCGUCUGAGUUGCCAAUUUCUCUGUUAUGUGUCUGUCGUAAUUCUAAUGAAACUGUUACUUUGUUCUUAAAAGCGUAGCACUUGGUGCCUUAUACAUUUAGUACUAUUUAAAUUCAUUCUUUAUAAUUGCUAUAAUUAUUUAUAAUUAUUAUUAGUAUGUUUUUUUUUUUAGGAAUUGACCGUGAGAAAUCUUUCUCAAACGGAAUUAUUUGUGGCACAUAUAAUACACUGCAUAAUAAAAAAGCAUUAAUUUCUCUGGGCUUUGUCACAUUGUGACAGUUCUGAAUACAGUACAUUUGAUUGGUCUGAGAAGGUGGUGCUGAAGUGCAACAUCUAGGAUUGACUGAAAGAAUCGUAAAAGUAUAUGUAAUUAAGUGGCCAUUAACAUAUACUGUGUUACAUUUUUCUGAUCUGCUUUCUUUUCUGUUACAUUUCUGGUUUACACAUUCCUGUACUGUUUUGCAUGAAAUUCACUUUCCCAAAAAUCUUUACAUCUAAAAGUGCUUGUUUACAUUGCCUUAUUUUCGUUUUGUAUUCUGAAUAAUGUAUUUGUAUACAUUAAAAUACAUCUCAGCACCUCACCAGCAAGUCUUUACAGUACCAGCUUGCUGCAUGUUUACCCAAAUGUAUUUGGUUGUUUAAUAGACUCUGUGCCAAUCAAAACUUAAUUUUUUAAUCACUUAUUGUUUGUUUUGUCUUUUGUUGUCUUGUUGAAGAUUGAAUGUUUUCUUUCUUAUCUCUUCUAUAGUUUUUUGUGGUAAAUAUCAGUGUAAUAUAAUUAUACACACUACUAAUUUUCUACAAAUAAUGCUAGAAUUGUUUCCCAGUUAUAUCUUACUUACAGAAUAAAUCUCUCUUUUAAUCUGAAUUGA